CAACUUAAUUUCGAUAAUGAAUGCCAUAAUUUGGAUCUGAAUCUGAGUCUGAUUCAUUUUCAAGACAAGGAAGCAAAUAGGGGAUCCAGAAUAAAGUACAUACAUUCAUUGUGAUACAAAACCAAGGCAAUUCAUCAUCAUUUGAAGAUACCAUCUCUUGGGUCUUGACUUCUCCAAUCAUCAAGUUUCUUGACUUCUCCAAUCAUCAAGUUUCUUAACUCUACUCAUCUUCUUCAACCUAGAUAACUAUGGCUUCUUCUUCCAGCAAGAAAAACUCUAGAAUCUCUUCCUCAAGUCACCGAUCGACACUUUCCCUUCAUAAGACUGAAAUAGUCAUUAAUGUUUACGAUCUCCUUCCUGCAGGCAAACUUUCUUCAAUCCUUUGGAGCUUUGGUACGUCCUUACUGCAUAGUGGGAUUGUUAUAAAUGGCAGAGAAUACGCAUUUGGAGGACACGAUAAAAAGGGAAACACGGGGGUAUAUUGGCAGACCCCAAGAGUAGAACCACCUGGAGGAACUUUCAGAUGCGAGAUUGUCCAAGGAUUCACAUUCUCUCCUCUGGCUGAAAUCGAUGCCGUUAUCAAGGAGGCUUCAGCUAUCUUCCAAGGAACAUCAUAUAAUCUCCUCACAAGAAAUUGCAACCACUUCACUGCAUACAUGUGCGAGAGACUUACUGGUCAAUCUGGGCCACCAUGGUUGAAUAGAGCUGCCAGUAUCGGAGUCGCAUUACCGUGCAUGGUUCCCAAACAAUGGAUCACACCUCCAGACUACGAAACUGCAGAUGGGGAGCUUGUUGAUGAAUACCAUGAUGAGCAGGCUCUAUUGAGCAGCGCAAGACAUAGCAUGGAUGAUGGGCGACCAGAUUUACGCGAUGAUGAGACAGAAUGGAGUUGUGAUGAAGAUUAUCAGGCCAGAAAAGGAAAGGGAAAAGAUGUCAGAGACACAUCAGGCAGAGUGGUUCCCCUCUCAGAGAGGGCACCUACGGCCAGGAGAUAAAUUGUGUUUGGAGUGGAGGGAUAUAUGGGUACAGGCUUUUUCAGGCGUUUUCGGCAAAGGAUAAGGAAGGAUAGGAAGGACCGGCGCCAAGGGUUCAUUUUAUGAUACCAUUUUAUGAUGCCA